UGUCUUCCUUCAUCUUCACCUGUUCAGGGACCUCAAGUUAUAAACUACCUACCUGGUAUCUCGGUCUUACCCGUGCCACGAACCUUGGUUCCCUAUCAAUAAGGAGUACCCCGCCGCCCGAUACAAAACAUACACCACCACACCUCUAUCUCACACAGAAAUAAUGGCCGACCACGAGGAUGAUCUCACUGCCUCCAAGACCGCUGGCUUCAAGGUCGGCGAGAAGAAGACUCUCGAAGAGUACACAAAGCUUGACCAAGAAGAUGAGGCGAUGAACCGCUGGAAGGCGUCGCUGGGAUUGAACACGGGAGAACCCGUCGGCAACCCCAAUGACCCGCGCAAGUGCAUCAUCAAAUCGCUCGCGCUCGAGGUGGCCGGACGGCCCGAUGUGGUGAUUGAUCUGGCCUCAGAUGAGGCGGUGAAAACCCUCAAAGAGCACCCUUUCACAAUCAAGGAGGGCGCCACGUUCCGCAUCAAGAUCAACUUCCAGGUAAACCACGAGGUGCUCAGCGGUCUGAAGUAUAUUCAGGUGGUGAAGCGAAAGGGUGUCCGGGUUAGCAAGGAUGAGGAGAUGCUGGGAAGCUAUGCCCCCAGCACAACCGACAAGCCCGUUUAUGAGAGACGAUUUAACCCCGAGGAGGCCCCGUCUGGUCUGCUGUACCGCGGCACAUACGAUGCCGUGUCACGAUUCGUUGAUGAUGAUGACCAUGCCCAUCUCCAGUUCGAGUGGACCUUCAAGAUUGCAAAGGAUUGGUAGUCAGGGUUUCCAUAGAGCAAAUAAAUAUAUUUAUACGAUUUUUGGAAUGACUUUGAGAAAUGCGACAAUAUAUCAUUUCUAUAGAGAAAUAUAUAUAGGUAUACAAAAG